AUGACCCACUCAGGCAUGUUGCAGGGCUACCGCAAAGUCCUCCAAAUGUUCAAGCCUUUCCAGGGCAAUGACCAAGAAGGGCUCAUCCACAAUAUGAAACCACCGAAGCGUCUCGGCAAACAGGUGUCUCGAGCAAAUGAGGGCUAUAGUCACAUCGAAACUCAUACCAAGAGUUUCGGACAGAUGCUCAAGCGACGCCCUGCAGUUGCAAACCUUCGUCAACUUCUUUUCGAACACAACCCUAAGCGAGGCAUUGCAUACUCGUCCCCUUCAGAAAAGAAGCUGUUACUCGACGGUGAAGAUGAUAAUGGAUGGUCUGAUGGCACUUAUUCAGACGGCAUGAGCUCUCUCCAAUUCCCAUUCACCAAAGAUUCCUUUCGCCCUAAGGAAGCCUCACACAUGCGGCCCUCCACCAGCCCCGAGAGAGCGAAACCGCACUACACGGAUUGCAUGGAGUGCGGAAAGCUUUUCCUGGACGACCAGCAGACGUUCUUGAUGGAAUGCGCGGGGUGCAGAAAGCCAUUUUUGGAACGGCAGAGAGGCUACAGGGACUGCGCCAGAUGUGGAAAACCCAUUCAGGACGAGCAGAACAUUGAUGGCGGAACCUCUACAACGACUAUGCCAUACCGAAAUAUGGAGGAAAUCAUGGAUACCUACGGGGCCCUUCCAGAGAUGAAUGGGUGGUUUGAAGAUACCGAGAUCUAUGCAGCAUACAGCAUGAAUGAUCAGGAAGAGCACAUGAACGACGCCAUCGUCGAGGAUGAGAAUCAUCUGUCCGUGGUCAGUCGUCGAGCCCAUGACGAACACGAAGCUUCCCAACGUCCCAUAAGCAAUGCCUCUCAGUUUUCCUUCAGCCUAUCAUCCUCCUACAACGCUGAAGCAUACAAUGGCCAGGUCUACACCGCCGCAGAGGUCAAGGUCGUGCAUAUUCAUCGCAACUCCAACGUUGAGGUUGUGCGAACUCACAGCAGCAAAAACUCGGGCACAGAUUGGCCUCUGCGGAAUGCAGACAUCGAGGACAGGCAAGUCCGUUCGAUUUCAUAA